AUGUCAAAUAAUGGGGAUAGUAAAAGUAUAAAGUUUAGCUCCAAUUUUGAAGAAGAAAACCACGAUCAAGAAAACUAUUCAGAAUCCAUCGACGAAAAAAAUCUCAACUAUUUUUGGGUCUUAGCACACAGUACACAACCCCGUAACCCACAAUUAGGUGGAUACUAUAUGUAUAAAUUUAGAGAAAUGGCAAAUAUUAAACAACUAAGAGGAGUACCAACAAUGAUAGAAUCGAGAACCUGUAGUAAUUGUGGAACAUUUUUAAUACCAGGUAUAAAUUGUAGAGUUAGAAUUAUUAAAACUGAUCAACUAUCAAAUAAAAGUAGAAGUUUAAUUUCAACCAAUACAAAAGAAAUUAACUCGUUAGAAUUUAGAUUAAAACCAUCACCACAACAACAACAACAACAACAACAACAACAACAACAACAACAAUCCCUAUCAAAAAAUUCAAACAAAUUAAACAAUUCAAUAACUAGAGUAUGUUUAAAAUGUAAUAAACUAAAUCCAUUAAAAGGUGAAACCAUAUCAAAAAGGAAACAACCCAUCACCCAACCAAGCACAUUUAAUAAUCCAUUUUCAAUUAGCCAUCCAAAUUCUAAUCAAUUAAAUGCCAUUAAGCAUGCUUGUGGUGAUUCAAAUAUAACAAUUGCAAAUAAGUUAGCUGGUAAAAACUGUAUUGUUUGUGGCAAAAAAAAAUCUGGUUCAAUUAGAAUACCAUCAAUUGGUUAUGGUGGUAAAGUUUUAAUAAUAUGUUGUAAAAAAGAUAUUACAAUUUCACUUAGACAUUUGGAACAAUAUAUGGGUUUUAUAGACUUACAAAAAAUAGAUAAAACCAAAGAUAUAUUAAAUGGAGGUUCUGAUGAAGAAGAUAACUCCCAAGAUGAAAAUGAAGAUGAUGAAAGUGAUUAUCCUUGUCAAGGGUAUACGCUACUUCAGCCUAAUCGUGAACCAUGCCCAGAAUUUUGCAAAAUAAAACAUUUAAAACUAAAUGAAAAUGAUGGUGUUAAAGCAUUCUGUAAACCAACUCAUUUGGUAAGAUAUCUUAUGGUAUGGUAUGCAUCAGGAAGAAAAUCUUAUAAAAAACAAAAGCCAAGAAAAAAACAAAAAAAGAUUCAAGAUGAAGUCGAUGAUGGAGAUGAUGAAGACGAAGAAGAUGAAGAGAAUGAAGAAGAUGAAGAAGAUGAAGAAGUUGAGGAGGUUGAAGAGUUUGAAGAAGAUGAAGAAGGUGAUGGAGAUAAAGUGGUGAAAAAGACUACAUCAACACCAAAAAAAGGUAGAACAAUAAUAUCCACUUCUCCAAAAAAAGAUAUACCAACACCAUCACAACCCUCACCAAAAAAAAGUCCAGGAAGACCAAAGAAAGCUGAACACUAUGAUGAUGAUUUUAAAGUUUUAUGUUCAAUUCCUAGAGAAUCUUUUUUUUAUUUAUGUAUGACAAUCAAAGAGAAACACAAUUUAGAAUAUAGCUAUUCAUUAAAAGGCUUAUUAGUUGUUCUUCUAGAAUUAAGACAAUAUCCAAACCUUAAUUUCCUUUGUUCAAUAUUUCAAUGUCCAAAAACAACGAUACAUGAUAUGUUGAAAAGGUUUAAAAUUGUAUUAUAUGAUUUAGUAAAGUGUUUUGUUUCGAUUGGUACAAAAGAACUUAGAUUCCUGGAGUCAAGUUAUUUAAAAUUUACUGAUCAAAUGUAUACAUUAAUUUUAGAUGGGACAGAACAACCAUGCCAAUCCUCUAAUGAUGUUUCGGUUGAAACACUUUUCUAUUCUGCAAAAAAAAAACAACAUUCUUUCACAAUUACUGUUGGCAUAUCCCCAAAAUAUAAAAGAGUAUUAUGGUUAUCACAAUCUUAUGGUGGCAGUGUUGUGGAUGUUAAUGUAUGUAGAUAUGAAGAUGGAUGGUGUUUUCCAGAUGAAUUAGUUUUAGGUGAUCAAGGUUAUACAGGACUAAGUGAUAAAAUUUUUUGUAUUCCUAAAACUGGCAAAGAUGGCUCAUCUUUUUCUUCAGAAAGAACAAAAGUCGAAAAUGCAAUUGCUGAUCUCAAAAACUACAACUGUUUAAGAGAAACAUCCAGAAUACCAAUCACUCACCCCGAUGCUCUUUCACUACAUAACAUGAACUGGGUUAUUUGUGCUGCCCUUAGAAAUAGAUUUUUGUUACCCAACCAUAAUUUGUGGUACCAAGAUUGUUUUUAA